GCCUCUGCGGCUUCCGUCAGCUGCGUUGCGUUGUCAACAGGACCAAAACACCAGCAGCAACAGCACAAGGGAGCUUCACUUCUGGACUGUCCGCUGGCCAUCAGCUGACACCUUACCUGUCAGGCUGCAUUAACUCUGCCAUAUCUUAGACAACAGCCGGUAAACGGAACGCACCCGACGUUUUCAUUUGGAGACACGACGUCCGUUUAAAAGCGCAAGAGCAGUCGGUGCACUUCACCGGCUUUAACUGACCGAAACUGACAGGGGGAAUGCGGAGAUGCGCCCAGCCAUGCACUACGCGCGUCUUCUCCGUAUAUAUGCCGCGAUAUGUGCUGUUAGUUGAGAUUUGACAUAUAGAGAAUGGGAUGAAUUUGGCACAAAUGUAUUUAUAUGCAGCUUGUGGUAUUAUUGUAGGCGGUUAAGACCCUCCUUUUCCCAUUAAAAGGACACUGGACAGCUCUUGUGCCCCAAGCCACUCCUGCCCCGUUAGAUCGCCAUCAAAAACAUUCAGUAGUGAUGUGCUAUCUGUCAGAAUUAAUAAGGUUUAUAUAAUAAUCAGACUGUAAUUAUGGAGUCGGUGCGUCUUCAAGAUAAUUUAUCAGACUUUAUAGUUGGCUUUUAUAGACUACUUUUCAGCUUUUGUGCCUUAGUUUAGACAGCAGCAGCUGGUCCACGUUAGCACCUAAUGCUAGUAUAUUGUCCUGACAUAUUCACCAAACCUAGAUGACAUAACAAACAAUCCGACCAUUAACUAACACUAUGAGCGAUCACUACGAGAGAGUGAAGAUUGAGCUCCAGCAGAUGAAGGAGGAGGAGAACGAGGCCGCGGCCGCCGAGGAGCAGCUGUCCCCGGCCGCAGUCCCUUCAAUCCCGGCUGAAGUUGCCUUUACGGCACGGAGAGACCUGUCCAGAAGUAGCAUUAACGGGAGAAGUCGGAGUAAAAGUAGGAGCAAAGCAGACGGUCACGAGAGACAGGUUAACGGUAAAGAGCUCGCGGAUCUGAAGUCAAACUCUUCACAAGGACAGAGCCGUGUGAACAAUGACCCCAACCUUCACAUUAAAGGAACGGCGAGGCUUUUAAAGGCUAAAACGGCGGCAAACGGUCACGUUGAGUCAUGUCUGAGACACACAGAUGGGAAAUGUGAGCAUCACGGCAAAGAGGGCGAGAGCAAAGCGGCCAAAAAGAGGAGAGCUGUCACGGUGGACACCUCCAAGGCGAAGACGUCUCUCGAGGCGCUGAAGAUGAGCAUCAGACAGCUGAAGUGGAAAGAGUUUCCGAUGGGAAGGCGGGCAGCCUGUGAUAUCUACUGGCAUGGUGUCUCUUUCCAUGACAAUGAGAACAUCGUCUCGGGGCAAGUCAACAAAUUCCCAGGAAUGAUAGAGAUGCUGCGGAAGAUAAACCUGAGUCGUGCCGUGCGUACCAUGCAAGAGCUGUUCCCAGAGGAGUACAACUUCUACCCACGCUCCUGGAUACUGCCUGAGGAAUACCAACUCUUCUCCACACAGAUUCGUCUCCUGAAGGACAACGAUUCAACCCUCAAACCCACUUAUAUUGUUAAACCGGACAGUGGAUCCCAGGGUGACGGCAUCUACCUCAUCCGUGACCCCGCUGAUCUCCGGGUCAUCUCAGGUGCUCACAUCAAACAAGCAGUUGUUCAGGACUACAUCCAGAAACCCCUGCUCAUUGAUAAACUGAAGUUUGAUAUCCGCCUCUACGUUCUGGUCCGUUCAUUGGAGCCUCUGGAGAUCUACAUUGCUAAAGAGGGACUGUCCAGGUUCUGCACAGAACCCUACCAAGAACCCAGCCAGAAGAACCUCAGUCAUGUUUUUAUGCACCUUACCAACUACUCCCUUAAUGUGCACAGCGGGAACUUUGUCCACUCCGACAGCUGCAGCACGGGCAGUAAACGCACCUUCUCUAGCAUUCUCUAUCGCCUGGCAUCUAAAGGAGUGGACAUCAAGAAGGUCUGGUCAGACAUUAUUGCUUUGGUCAUCAAGACGGUAAUUGCACUUGUGCCUGAACUGAAGGUGUACUACCAGGCAGAUAUACCACCUGGAAAACCAGGACCGACAUGUUUUCAGAUCCUGGGCUUUGAUAUCCUGCUGAUGAAAAACUUGAAGCCUGUAUUACUAGAGGUCAAUGCCAAUCCCAGCAUGAGGAUUGAACAUGAACAUGAGGUGUCACCUGGUGUGUUUGAAUAUGUACCGAGUCCAGUAGAUGAAGAGGUGAAAGUGGGUGUGAUCAGAGACACGCUGCGGCUCAUGGACCCCGCUCAGAGGAAACAACACACAGCGUCAAAUACAGGGGGCGGUUCACCAGAAGAAGCUAUUGUUGUGGAGACAGGAAGUGAUGAGAAAGAAGGCAUGGCGGAUUCUCUUCCAUCUCUGUGUUUAAAGCAAGUCUUCCCUAAAUACACCAAGCAGUUUCAUUACCUGCGGGUCGUGGAACGCAUCGCUGCCAUUUUCCUGCGCUUCCUCGGUGUCAAGGGAACCAUGAGACUGGGUCCGACCAGUUUUCGCACCUUCAUCAGGAACUGCAAGCUGAGUAACAGCAGCUUCUCGAUGGCUUCAGCAGACAUCUUGUACAUCGACAUCACCCGUCGCUGGGCUGGGAUGCUCCCGGACUCCAGAGAGGCAGGAAUGUGUCUUCAGGCAUUUAUUGAGGCCUUCUUUCACCUGGCAGCACGCAGGUUCAAGGCUGUACCUCUGCGGGAGCAGGUGCUCUCGCUGCUGGAGGUGUGUGAAGGGGCCCUCGAGGGCCAGAGCCACAGUGAGAAGCCACGGACGCACCGAUCGCACACAAACCCAAACCCCGCCUCUUCCCAAACAUCCGCGCCAACCACGUUCAGCUCUCCUGCACUCACACGCCGACGCCACCGGCCGCUGCAACUCUCUGCUAAAGCAAACACAGAGAACUGACAACCUCACACACUUCCAUGUCUUCUGAGGAACUUCCAGAGGGCAACGCAAUGGGCUUUUGAAGAAAUAAACAAAGAAGGUAGAAUAAUGAACUAAUUUCAUAACAUAUAGAAGAGGACCUUAAAUCAUUCACUCUUAUCUCUGUGCAAUAUAGCUCAAGUUGAAUUGUUUAUACACUGCUCGGAUAAAGAUUAUUCUUUCACCACACUACACAGACAAAUGUAAGUGAAAAUGUUCAUGUGUGUGUGUUCUGAUGCCAGUAAACUGACACUCCAGACACUCGUUUCAGUGCUAAAUGUGCGGACAGCAUAUGACUUGCCGCGUUGCUCAUAAAGUAUGCUUACCUUCAGGUGAUAUGGGUAGUAUUUGUGUUGAUCAAUCACUGCAGGGAUUAAUGUCACGAGAUUCAGUGUUUCUUAAAGGGAUGAAAUAUUGUCAUAACACCACUUCAGUAAAGCAGCUAAUUUUCUCAAAUGGCCACCUUGAACGGACUAGGCAGAACAAGACGGUGGCCUUUUGUUAGGACAUGGCACCAAGUGCACUCAAAGUUUACUUAGUUGUUUUAUUUAUACCCGUAGAGAUUUAUUAUUUAUUGUUUUUCAAUUAACGGAGUCAUUCGCUGUAGCUCUGAACUGACUGAAUUGCUCUUGCAUGUAGAAAUUAUAACAGAAGGGAAAAAAGAGGGUUUGCUGUGGUUUAAUGCAAGUGGACAUCUCACAGGAUUAGCACAUAUUUACACAGAUCAUUUAAACCUCAUUUAAUAUCACAUCGCAACUGCAGGCAUCUACAUCUACAAAUUAGACUUGACUGAGAUGUACUUUUUAUGGACAUGCUGAAUAAACAUUGCAUUUAAAA